AUCUCUUUUCAUUUCACCUAGCUAACCAUACCAUACCAUGGGAAACGACGAUAAGGCGAUGAACCUUGAAGACAUCAGAAACGAGACAGUUGAUCUGGAGAAGAUUCCAAUAGAGGAAGUCUUUGAGCAGCUAAAAUGUUCAAGGGAAGGUCUAUCAUCGGAGGAAGGGAACAACCGGCUCCAGAUCUUCGGACAAAACAAGUUGGAAGAGAAAAAGGAGAGCAAGUUUCUAAAGUUUCUAGGGUUCAUGUGGAAUCCACUCUCAUGGGUCAUGGAAGCUGCAGCCAUAAUGGCUAUUGCUCUUGCUAAUGGCGGUGGGAAGCCCCCGGAUUGGCAAGAUUUUGUUGGAAUCUUUUGCUUGCUAGUAAUCAACUCCACCAUUAGUUACAUUGAAGAAAACAACGCUGGUAAUGCUGCUGCAGCUCUCAUGGCUAAUCUUGCACCAAAAACUAAGGUUCUAAGGGACUCUCGAUGGAGCGAACAGGAAGCUGCAAUACUAGUACCAGGAGACAUAGUUAGCAUUAAACUAGGAGACAUCAUACCAGCUGAUGCCCGUUUACUCGAGGGUGAUCCUUUAAAGGUAGAUCAAUCCGCCCUUACAGGAGAAUCACUGCCUGUUACAAAACAUCCAUACGAUGAAGUUUUCUCAGGUUCAACAUGUAAACAAGGUGAGAUUGAAGCUAUUAUUAUCGCUACUGGAGUCCAUACCUUCUUCGGUAAAGCUGCCCAUCUAGUGGAUAGCACAAACCAAGUUGGCCACUUCCAGAAGGUUCUCACAGCAAUCGGAAACUUCUGCAUUUGCUCAAUCGCCCUUGGGAUGUUCAUUGAGCUCAUAGUCAUGUAUCCAAUCCAGCAUCGGGCAUAUAGAGAUGGAAUUGACAAUUUAUUGGUUUUGUUGAUUGGUGGUAUUCCAAUUGCUAUGCCUACUGUUUUAUCUGUAACGAUGGCCAUAGGAUCCCACAAGCUGUCGCAACAAGGUGCUAUUACUAAGAGAAUGACUGCUAUCGAAGAGAUGGCCGGCAUGGAUGUGCUUUGCAGUGAUAAGACGGGAACAUUGACGCUUAACAAACUUAGUGUUGAUAAGAAUCUGGUUGAGGUUUUCGGUAAAGGGAUUGAUAAGGAUCAUGUUAUUUUACUUGCUGCUAGAGCUUCUAGGAUUGAAAACCAAGAUGCUAUUGAUGCUGCCAUGGUUGGUAUGCUUGGUGAUCCGAAAGAGGCAAGAGCUGGGAUUAAAGAGGUACAUUUCCUUCCAUUUAAUCCUGUGGAUAAGAGAACUGCCUUGACUUAUAUAGACAACGAUGGUAAUUGGCAUCGUGCUAGCAAAGGUGCCCCUGAACAGAUCUUAGACCUUUGCAAUUCCAGAGAUGACGUGAGGAAAAAGGUUCAUGCAAUGAUAGAUAAGUUUGCUGAACGCGGGUUGCGUUCUUUGGGUGUUGCCAGACAGCAAGUUCCUGAGAAAUCGAAAGAAAGUGCAGGUGGUCCAUGGGAAUUUGCCGGACUGCUAUCCCUCUUUGAUCCUCCCAGACACGAUAGUUCCGAAACCAUCCGAAAAGCUUUAGUUCUUGGUGUAAAUGUCAAGAUGAUUACAGGUGAUCAACUCGCUAUUGCAAAGGAAACGGGAAGAAGACUCGGAAUGGGUACAAACAUGUAUCCGUCCUCUACAUUACUUGGUCAUGAUAAAGAUUCUAGCAUUGCUUCAAUUCCAGUUGAAGAAUUGAUUGAGAAAGCCGAUGGUUUUGCUGGAGUCUUCCCUGAACACAAGUACGAAAUUGUGAAGAAGCUGCAAGAAAGGAAACAUAUUUGCGGAAUGACUGGAGAUGGUGUUAACGAUGCUCCCGCUCUAAAAAAGGCAGACAUCGGUAUUGCAGUUGCUGAUGCAACUGAUGCUGCUAGAAGUGCUUCCGACAUUGUGUUGACUGAACCGGGGCUGAGUGUUAUCAUCAGUGCGGUCUUGACCAGUCGAGCCAUUUUUCAAAGAAUGAAGAAUUACACGAUAUAUGCAGUCUCGAUCACAAUCCGUAUUGUGUUUGGAUUCAUGUUAAUUGCUUUAAUAUGGAAAUUCGACUUUGCUCCUUUCAUGGUUCUGAUCAUUGCCAUACUUAAUGAUGGAACAAUUAUGACAAUCUCAAAGGAUAGAGUAAAACCAUCUCCAUUACCCGACAGCUGGAAAUUGAAAGAAAUCUUCGCCACCGGUGUUGUUCUUGGAAGUUACUUGGCCUUAAUGACUGUCAUAUUCUUCUGGGCAAUGCACAGGACUGACUUUUUCUCGGACACAUUUGGUGUGAGAUCGAUAAGGAAUAGUAAUAAUGAGAUGAUGGCUGCUCUAUAUCUUCAAGUCAGUAUUGUUAGCCAGGCUUUGAUUUUCGUGACCCGAUCUCGUAGCUGGUCAUUUGUUGAACGACCCGGAUUGCUCUUGCUCGGUGCUUUCAUGGCUGCACAAUUGAUAGCGACAGUAAUUGCUGUUUAUGCGAACUGGGAAUUUGCAAGAAUAAAAGGAUGCGGUUGGGGUUGGGCUGGUGUUAUAUGGCUAUAUAGUAUCGUCUUCUACGUACCACUAGACAUGUUGAAGUUUGCCACUCGUUUUGUCUUAAGUGGAAAGGCUUGGAAUAACAUGUUGGAUAAUAAGACUGCUUUCACGUCGAAGAAAGAUUAUGGUAAAGGGGAACGGGAAGCACAAUGGGCACUUGCUCAAAGAACAUUACACGGGCUUCAACCGCCAGAAACAUCGAGCAUAUUCAAUGAUAAGAGCAGUUACAGAGAACUUUCGGAAAUUGCGGAACAGGCCAAGAGAAGAGCUGAAAUUGCAAGGUUGAGGGAAUUGAACACACUGAAGGGCCAUGUUGAGUCAGUGGUGAAGUUGAAAGGACUCGAUAUUGAUAACAUCCAACAGCAUUACACUGUGUGAGAAUUCAAUGAAUGAAACGGCUGGUUAGUUAAUUGAUGACCCUAAUUAAGCUAGCUAGAUGGUGACUAUUAUUAUGAGAUUGAUUUAUGUGUUAUAUUUCUUUAAAAUUUUAUUCUUUCACGAUGAAUAACUCUUUUUAUGUUUGGCUUUCUGAUGAUGCUUGUGCAAAUGGGAUAUGUUCUUCCUUUUUGAUGAUUAA